GGUGCAGAUGAGCCGCAGUAUAUUAAUAGGAGACUAUAUGUGUCCUUCUCUUUCACCCUCAGAGGCUUUUGCGCGGACACACCGUCCACGGGCCUUUAAGCAGUUCUCUGUACAUGUACUAAUACUGUCAUCAGCUCCACAGCCGAAACCAUGGAGGUCCUGGACGCACUGAAUUUGGGCGAAUUUGCCCAAUACUUCUCGAAAAUGACCAUGUUUCCUGUAUUUGAUUUGGCCUAUUACAUCGUGUCCAUACUCUACCUCAAGUAUGAACCAGGUUCAGUGGAGGUGUCCCGCAGAAGCCCCGUGGCCUCUUGGCUGUGUGCAAUGCUCUACUGCUUUGGGAGCUACAUCCUAGCAGACAUCAUGCUCGGACACAGCCCCAUCGACUAUUUUCAUAAUAACAGCCACAUCCUCCUGGCCUCAGCUGUAUGGUAUCUGAUUUUCUACUGCCCACUUAACUUGUUCUACAAAUGUGUCGCAUUCCUGCCUAUUAAGCUUGUGCUGGUAGGCAUGAAGGAGGUCGUCCGCGUUCGCAAAAUCGCUGCUGGAGUCCACCACGCUCAUCAUGCCUAUCACCAUGGCUAUUUCAUCAUGAUCAUCACUGGUUAUGUCAAGGGAUCUGGAGUAGCUCUAAUGUCAAAUUUUGAGCAACUGUUGCGUGGAGUGUGGAGGCCGGAGACCAAUGAAAUUCUCAACAUGUCAUUCCCUACUAAAGCCAGUCUGUAUGGAGCCAUUCUGUUUACACUCCAGGAGGCGCACUGGCUUCCUGUGUCCAAGAGCAUCCUAAUCUGCAUCUUCACUCUUUUCAUGGCGACUUUAAAGGUGGUUAUGACGGCUCGUCACUCUCACGACUCUCCCUUCACUCUUGUUGAGUCCUGGGUGUCUCACCUGCUCUUCGGAUCUCCUCUUGCCGUCGAAGACGCCCAUAAUCACCACCACACUGCCCCGGCUGCCGCCUCUGCGCCCGCCUCUCCAGCCAAAACCAAGGAGGAAUUGAGCGAAGGCACUCGCAAGAGAAAAGCCAAGAAAGCAGAGUAGACACCUAGCUCAUUAUUAGAGGACAGAAAAAUAACAAUUUGUGUCUGCUAUCAGGCCCAGAUUUUUGAUCCCUGGGUUUAUUAUUGGAAAGAUAGUAAUUUGAUGUUCACUGAUUACAGGUUUUUAAAUGGUGCUUUAAAUGACAGAUACUCAGUAGGGAAUCUGUAAAUAUACACAUUUCACCAAUAACACAUCCUUCCUGUUAAUAUAUAGUGUAUAUCUUUAUUUAUUAUGUACUUUGUAGUCAGUUCGGGGAUUCCAGCCAGUGUCAGUGGUGAACUAUCUUAUAGACAUAAGUCUUUGGAUUAUUAUGCCCAGUAAAAGGUGAAAUUGUCCCUUCCCUUUUAGAGCAAGACAUGGCUUCUGACUGAAGCAGAGUACACGAAGUACACGGAUGCUCUUUAUAUCAUAUUUGGACAGGACGACAUUUUCAGAAGUAAAUAUAUUUUCCAAUCA